AAGCUGAUGUGUUAUUCCUUCUGUGCAUCGAAGGAUCAGGAAGUUUGUUCUCUCUGCGUGGCUGAGAAGUUUUUCACCUACUCGGACGGGGGUGGGGGGUGGGGGUGGGGACAGGUGUCCCCCUGAAAUAGAGCGCAAGCUGCAGCCUGAGUUUGGCCGUAACCCAGGAAAUAACGUCAGAGACAGGUAAGAAUGACCACUUUAACUCACCGGGCCCGUCGUACAGAAGGAGGGAAGAACUCUGAAAAGAAGGUGGAAAGUGAGGAAGACACUAAUCAAGACAGAAGUCAAGACAAUGAGGACACUGAAGACUCUAAGGAUAUCCGCCUCACGCUUAUGGAAGAAGUAUUGCUCCUGGGACUAAAAGAUAAAGAGGGUUACACAUCUUUCUGGAAUGACUGCAUAUCAUCUGGCCUGCGAGGGGGCAUCCUGAUAGAGCUGGCCAUGCGAGGUCGAAUCUAUCUAGAACCCCCCACCAUGCGUAAGAAGCGACUACUAGACAGAAAGGUAUUACUAAAGUCAGACAGCCCAACGGGUGAUGUUUUACUGGAUGAAACUCUCAAACACAUCAAAGCAACUGAACCCACAGAAACUGUCCAAACAUGGAUAGAGCUACUCACUGGUGAGACCUGGAACCCUUUCAAAUUACAGUACCAGCUGAGAAAUGUAAGAGAGAGAAUUGCAAAGAACCUAGUAGAGAAGGGUAUUCUAACCACUGAGAAGCAGAAUUUCCUCCUAUUUGACAUGACUACUCACCCAGUGACCAAUACAACAGAGAAGCAGCGACUAGUGAAAAAGCUUCAAGACAGUGUCCUAGAGCGGUGGGUAAAUGACCCUCAGCGUAUGGACAAGCGAACACUAGCACUACUGGUGCUAGCCCACUCCUCUGACGUGCUAGAGAAUGUCUUCUCCUCUCUGACAGAUGACAAGUAUGAUGUGGCAAUGAAUCGGGCCAAGGACCUAGUGGAACUGGACCCUGAGGUAGAGGGGACAAAGCACAGUGCCACAGAGAUGAUCUGGGCUGUGCUGGCAGCCUUCAAUAAAUCCUAAAGCCAGCAGGUGGGUUUCUCCUUUUCCCUUGCCAGCCAGUGACUGUCAGAGACACCAUCAGCAAGCUUUGUGUGAUGAGAUGUUUUCCAUCAUGUUUUUUCCUUCUCUUGAAUCAAACUCGUUAUUUGGGGAGAGCAACUUCAAGGCUCUUGUAUAAACCUUGACUAUUAUAAGCAGACUUUAUUUUUCCCUAUACUUCCACUCCAGAGGUGAAUAAACUGGGUGAACCAACACACACCCAAUAAAUAAACAUUUUCUCUCAUUUCUUGGUUUACUUCCAUCUAGUGUGCUUUUGCAUUAGCAGGAAUAUCUAAGUGAGAUUUGGAUUUCUCUAGCCACAGAAUGUGAAUGAGAUGUAGAGCAAACCAUUUAUCAUAUUUUGAAAAUUUUAUUUUCCAUUUUAAAUAUAAGUUUUCAGUCUGUCUCUCAGGCUCUGCUAAGUAAUGUAGCUUGUUGAAGUAACCAUCUCUUUGAAUAAGGGGCAAUGGAAACAAAACUAAUUUUUGGAGCA